AUGUCGCGCCGCUACCCGACCGCCGAGCUGUACGAGGAGCGCGAGCGCGACUUCUACCGCAACGGCAACCGCAGCGACCGCAACUAUGAGGAGCUUGACAUUGAGCUGCGCCGGGGCAGCGACCCGCGCCGCAGUGGGCCCGACUUCUUCCGCGACGACCGCCCGCCGACUGCUGGGCCCAUGGUCCUGCGCGGGCGAGAGCGCGACGAGGACACCUUCUCCAGAGCGCCGCCACCGCCCCGCAGCCGCCGUGGUGGCUUCGACGACGACGAUGCCAUUUCCAUGCGCAGCCGUCACCCGCCCCCGCCUUCUAGCCGCGAGAAGGAGGAGGUCGACGUGACCAUCCGACGUCGCGAGCACUCUAGAGGACCUCCCCCACGCGAGGCCCACUUUGACCGCGACAUCCCCUUCCGCCGCGGUGACGGCGCCCGCCCACGCGAGGUCAGCAUCGAGAGGGACGACGUCCGCUUCCGGGGCCGCGGCGACAACAUCGAUAUCCGCGCCUCGCACCAGGAGUUCAGCCGUGAUGGCCGCGACAUUUCUGCCGAGCGUGGCUCCAUCCGCUUCCAGGAGCGAGACGGUAAGUUCGACCUGCGUGCCUCUCGCCGUGAGUUCAGCCGCAACGGCAGGGACCGAAGCGUAGAGCGGGACUCUCUGGUCAUACGAGGCCGCGAGCGGUCUCUGCCCGCGCCCAGCUCCCGCGGAGAACUUAUUGCGCGCGAGCACGAGGAGCUCGUCGUUCGUCGGCCUCGCGAGCAGUCACGCGGGCCCCGCGAGCGCGAAGUCAUCAAGGACGAAAUAGUCAUUCGCCGCAUGGAAGAGCGCUCGCCGUCCCCUGAGCCCCCGCCACCGCCACCACCGCCACCACCAGCGCCUGAGCCAGAGAUUAGACCUCCAAUCAUCCAGGAGAUCAUCACACAUCACCGACAUAUUGAUCAUGGUGUCGAGAGAGCCCGCUCGCCAACACCUCCCCCACCUCCACCAGCGCCCCCGUCUCCUCCGCGCAACGAGCGUAUCGAGAUUGAGAUCAACCGGAGAGACCUCAGAACCAGGAAAGGCGGACGUUCGGAUUUCGAGGAGCUUGAGAUUGAGAUUGAUCGCAGCCGCAGCCGCAAUCAUGACUUUGAGGGCCCCGUAAAACCCAAGAAGAAGGACAUGUGGACAGAAGUCACCAAAGAUUUGGUUCUCCGCGAAGCCAUCGAUGGCAUGGGCUACAGGUGUGAAGAGACAGACGACUUCUACUACAUCAUGGAGUAUCUGCGCUACGAGGACGUUCUUCAGCUCGUCGAGAUCUCUGAUGACAUCCGUCGUAAGCGCAAGUCUCGCAUCAGGGAGAUCGAAUUUGAGCGCGAAGAGAUCCGUCGACCAAGUUCGGCGUACGAUGAUCGCUACUACGAGCACGAGGUCUCAUUUGACAGCCGUCGCAGUCGAUACCGUUAA